GCGAGGUCGGACAAAGAAUGCUUCGUCGAAACCAUUUAUCGAAAAAUAUAAAGACAGGACCAAGAGCUCGCAUCUCCCUCCGUCAGACCAUCUUCAGACCAAUUCCUCAAUCACAGCGAAACCCUUCAGAAUGAUGCUCCAGGGCUUCUUUUGGGUCAGCACUCUCUUGACUCUGCUGGCUAGCGCCAACGCUCAGCCCCUGUCAUCGUCGAUCAGCAGCCUUGUCAAGAGGCUGGAUGACAUUCCACUGGCCAAUGCGACAUAACCGAUCGUCAUGCAUUCUCAUAUAGCACUCGAUUCUGCUGAAACCGAGUGCGAUCGUAGUCAUUAUAACUUUGUUGUCACCGUCAACGCAGAUGUCGACAUCCUUCAUAAUACCACCUACCGUUUCCUCGUUGGACAAGCUCGCCAUGGACCUCAAGGCACUUUUCUUGAUGGCUCCAAGGUCUUCCUCGAUCGCUCUUAUUUGGCCUCUCAGAACACAGGCUACAGACCAUCCGUGGCCAGUGAUCCUUCUUCCAACUUUACUUUCAUCGCUUUCAACAUGUACAACGACAUGCAGACCGGCGAGCUUCUGAAAAACCCGUGGGUGCUCAGCACCGAAAAUAACACCCAGGGUACCAUUGUGCCCGGAGAGUUCACGGCCGUGCUUUACAUCAACCGACCGGAGUUCAUUCCCAAUGGCACUGCCGAUCAGAUGCCCGAGCCCGUCUGGAAGACUUUCACGCCCGGAUCGCAAAAUGGCUACAAUUGCACACGUGCUCUCACGAACACAACGAGCCUCUCGGCUGCAGAGUCUACCGACGGGAUCAGCGGGGCCAACGUGGUCAACGGUGCCUUCACUAGGAGCGCUGCUCACGGUCUCGGCGUGUCUUUUGCUCUCGUUGCUGCGGGAACAAUACUGCUUUAGGCUCGCAACCGCAUUGUGCGCGCGGUCGAUUUACAUAUUCUUAGCUCUUCAAACAAAGGGUCGCAGAGCUCUCGGAAAAUUUACUCACCUCAUUCUACUUCAUCACGAUCCCGAGCUAGACCCUCUUGUCUCCAGACCUGAUCUUUUCCUAUGUCAUGUUGAAAUUCUCG